AUGUUCCAAUGGUAUUGGAUCCUUCCAGUAAUUGCUCAAAGGCCAAGGACGACCAAGUCAGCGCAGCCCCGGGAAAAGAACAAUAUGCAGACUCCCACGACAACCAAUGAAUGUGCAGGGAAGACCGGUGCUGAGGUUGUCCUCGCACGCAACUACUACGACCAGACGCCACCGGGAGAAAUCGUCGACUCCGAAGACGAGGUCCAGAUUCUUGAGCCCAUCUGGCCCGACCAAGAACCGGUUGUCGCCGUGAUUGGCGUCGGCUACGUCGGCGAGCACCUCGUCCGUGCCUUCUCCAGCUACUUCCGCAUCAUUGGUUUCGACAUCUCUGCAGCACGCAUCCAGAACCUCACUCUCAACAACAGCAUCACGGGCACCGUCUUCACCAACAAGAGCAGCGACAUUGCCCCCGCCACACACUUUCUCAUCUCGGUGCCGACCCUCCUCCUGCCCAACCACCAAGUUGACUCAUCCGCCCUGCGCCAGGCCAUCGCCCUCGUCGCGCAGCACGCCCGCCCGGGCAGCACCGUCGUCAUCGAGAGUUCCGUCGCCGUUGGCAUGACGCGCGCGCUGCUCGGGCCGCUGGCCGCGGAGAGGAGCUUCCACGUCGGCAUGUCCCCGGAGCGCGUCGACCCGGGCCGGACCGUACCGCCCGCCCGCGCCAUACCCAAAGUCAUCUCCGGGCUGGACGACGUGGUGCCCGGCUCGAGCGACGCGAUUGCGAAGCUCUACGAGGCGGCGUUUGACAGCGUGGUAAGGGUCUCGCGGCCCGAGGUCGCAGAGAUGAUGAAGCUGUACGAAAACUGCCAGCGCAUGGUGUGCAUCGCGUACGCCAACGAGAUGGCGGAUGCCUGCCGCGGCCACGGCAUCGACCCGUUUGAGCUGUGCCGCGCGGCGGCGACGAAGCCCUUUGGCUACAUGCCAUUUGCCCCUGGUAUCGGCGUCGGCGGGCACUGUAUCCCGGUGAAUCCGUUCUAUCUGCUGUCCAACAGCGAGUUCCCGCUGCUGCAGAGCGCCGCGGAAAAUAUGCGCGCGCGGCCGGGCGUCCUGGCGCAGCGCAUCGUUGCAAGGCUGGACACGCAGCGUGGCGGCAGCGGUCGUCACAGGGUUUUGGUCGCGGGGAUAGGCUUCAAGCCGGGGCAGUCGCAUCUGGCCAACUCGCCGAGCCUCGAGCUGGCCAAGAGCCUUGUCCUCUCGGGCAGGGUCGAUGUAGCGUGGGCAGACCCGUUGGUGGCGCAGGAAGCGGUGCCGCAGAUACAGCGGCUCGCGGAGGGGGAUUGGUCGGUGGGCUUCCUGCAGGACAACUUUGACCAUGUAGUUGCCGCGAUGCGUCAAACGGGUCUGAAAUUUGGCGUUUUAAAGAGCUUGUCGCCAGAUAUGGUUGAGUGGUGGUUUGAUUAG